AUGGAGCGCAGCGCGGGGCCCCUGGACGGAAACUACACGUUUGUCAUCUUUAAGGGGGACUUCGGAUACACACAAGCCCGUGUUAUCACCGGCUGGAUUUCAAGACGCGCAGAUUCACCACUUCUCUGUCCAGGCAUUGAUUCUGAUGACCUAAUGGAAGUCCAGUGCCGUCUCGUGGUGCGUGCACUGCUGCUGCUGGUGCUGGUGUGCGGGCCGGUCACAGGCAGUAUCCUGUACAGAGUUCCUGAGGAGCAGCCGCCCAACACCCUGAUUGGCAGCCUGGCCGCAGACCAGGGCCUGCCAGAUUCAGGACAUCUGUACAAACUGGAAGUGGGCACUCCUUAUCUGCGGGUGGACGGAAAGACAGGAGAUAUUUUCACUACAGAGAUCCCCAUAGAUCGAGAAACUCUGAAGGACUGCCGUACUCUGCUCAAAGGGAAGCCAUGCUACUUGGAGUUUGAAGUGUCAGUGACUGAUCUGAUUCAGAACCAGAGCCCAAGACUCAUCGAGGGACGCAUCGAAGUGCAGGACAUCAAUGACAACACCCCACAAUUUCCCUCUUCUGUGCUCACCAUUUCUGUCCCUGAAAACACCGUGAUGGGAGCGCUCUUUUCCAUCCCUCUUGCCACCGACAGGGACUCGGAGAGAAACGGAGUGGCCGAUUAUGCGCUGACUGCAGGGCUCGAUGCUGCCACUCUAUUUGGUUUACAAGUGGCUGAGGACAGAGGAGAGAAGCUCCCACAGCUCAUUGUUCUGGGGAACCUGGACCGGGAGCUGAAGGAUUCCUAUGAUCUCACCAUUAAAGCUGUGGAUGGAGGGAAUCCGCAGCGCUACAGCAGUGCCCUGCUCAGAGUGCUGGUGACCGACGCCAACGACAACUCUCCUAAGUUUGAAAAGUCCACUUAUGAAGCUGAAGUCUCAGAGAACAGUCCAAUGGGCCAUUCUGUGCUACAGGUCAAAGCCAACGACUCUGACAUGGGCCCCAAUGGAGAAAUCGAGUACACCCUUCACCAGGCCGUGGAGCCUGUUCCUCGGCUUCUGCGCAUUGAUCGCUCCAGUGGCGUAAUCUAUGUCAAAGGUCCACUGGACAGGGAGGAAAUCAGCAGCUUGUCUUUCUAUGUGGUGGCCAAAGAUAAGGGCCCUCAACCUAAGAGUUCUAAGACAUUUGUCACCAUUGAAGUGACGGACCAGAAUGACAACGCUCCAGCUGUAGAAAUCCGGGGAAUCGGUUUGGUGACUCACAGCAAGGGGAUUGCCAAUAUUUCAGAGGACAUGCCGGUUGGUACUGCGGUAGCUUUGGUGCAGGUUUCUGACAAAGAUGAGGGAGAGAACGCAGUGGUGACAUGUGUGGUGGCAGGAGACGUUCCUUUCCAGUUGCGCCCUGCAAGUGAUUCAUCAAGUGACAACAAGAGAAAAUACUUCCUUCAAACCACCACUCCUCUUGAUUUUGAAAGGUUAUUCCGCAUCUCCCCCACCAGUGGAGAAAUCACUCUAGCAAAAGAGAUGACCCGAAAGCACGGUGGACUGCAUCGCUUAGUAGUUCGAGUGAGUGACCGGGGAAAGCCAUCUCGCCAUGCCACUGCACUUGUGCACAUCUAUGUGAAUGAAACCAUUUCAAAUGUCAGCUUAGUGGAAACCUUGGUCGGACACAGUCUUGACAUACCACUGGACAGAGACAUUGCUGGUGAUCGUGACAAUGGGUUUGCCGCACAGCGAAGCAAUAUUCUGUUUGGAAGUCUGGUUGGCGUGGCUGGGGUUGUCAUGCUGAUUUUGGCGGUUGUUUUUAUUCGUCACCGUAUUCAGAGAGAGACUAAGAGUGGCUACCAGGCAGGCAAAAAGGAGACAAAAGACUUGUAUGCACCCAAGCAGGUACCCAAAAACACCAAAGGAAAACGAGGCAGAAAGGGGAAGCCCCAGAAGUCUCCUAAACCACUGGGUGAAGACGAAGAAGUCAGUCUUCAAAAGAGUUUAAAGUUCAAUCUCGAUGGAGUCAAUGAUAGCCCGAGGAUACAUCUGCCCCUGACAUAUUCACCGGGCAGCCCAGAUAUAGGCCGGCACUACCGCUCCAACUCCCCCCUGCCCUCCAUCCAGCUGCAGGCUCAGUCGCCAUCGGCCUCGCAGAAGCACCAGGCCGUGCAGGAUCUUCCCGCCGCCAACACCUUUGUUGGAACAGGAGGUGAUGACAACUCCACUGGCUCAGACCAGUACUCUGAUUACAGCUACAAGACAGGCCAACAGAAGUACAACAAGCAGGUAAGACGAGAUGCACUCUACAGCAGGCGGACUCACAUCAAAGGGUUUCAAACAGUACAUCUAUUCGGCUGGUAA